CUGUUGUCUCAUCUGUUUUUGACCCGUAUGCGUCCGCAUUCAAGGACGGUCCACCACUUUGCUCCUUCCAAUUCCCAUUAUCCAAUUUUUACCGGGUAUAUUCGGGAACCUUCUUUGGAAUCCUGCUGAUUCAUGUGGGAACAAUGCACUAUAAAAGGCUUAACAGCCAGGGAAGUAUGGGAUCUCACGUACACGUACCCAUCAACAUCUCUUUAUCCUUACCUACUUCACAUUCAAAGCAACAUCAUGAGUCUCUGCGAAGAUUGUAUCAAAGGGGUCAAACACGAAGGAACUCCCGAAGGUAAAUGGGAAACGAUAGCCGGAAUCGAAUCCUACGUUGGCACACCCAGUGGUGAAUACCAGAAAGACAAAGUUCUUCUCUUCCUCUGCGACGUGUUCGGGCCACAGCUGCCGAAUGCUCAGCUUUUGGUGGACGGUUUUGCAAAGAAUGGUUUCAAAACGGUGGCCCCCGAUCUGUUCGAGAAAGAUGGACUUCCUUUUGAUGUAUUCGACUCCGAGGAAAAACGACAGGCCUUUGACCUUCCGACCUGGUUUGGUCGCCACGGACCACACGUUGCGCGUCCUCUCCUUGACAAGGUAAUUACUGCGCUCAGGGAACAAGGUGUGACGACAUUCGCUUCGACGGGGUAUUGUUACGGAGGGAGGCUUGUCUUUGAUUUGGCAUUUGAGAAUAUCACCUCUGCGUCUAUCGCGAGCCAUCCAUCGCUGUUGAAGUCCCCAGAUGACUUAGAGAAAUACUUCUCUACUUCCCGCGCCCCACUCCUCCUCAAUACCUGCACCACCGACGAACAAUUCCCUAUACCAUCCCAAUCCCAAGCCGACCUUAUAUUCGGUGAAGGUAAAUUUGCUCCUGGAUACAGACGCGAAUAUUUCGAUGGCUGCACGCAUGGAUUUGCUGUGAGAGGAGAUCUGAGCAUUCCCCAGGUGAAAGCGGGGAAGGAAGGAGCAUUCAAGGCUGCUGUGGAGUGGCUGUAUAAGUAUGGAUUCGGACCAGAGGGGAAGGCAUCGAAGUAAGCAAGUUGGCUCCAGUCGCUAAACAUUGUAUGUAAAAUUAUUAAAUCUUGAUCAGUACUUAUGGUCCCAAUCCUGGUCGUCAAUGGACAAUGUUAUCGAAAAUUUAAUUCAUUAUCAUUUACGCAGUGCUAUAUUGACCUCAUCAUUGUGCAGGAUUUUCGACUUUUGACGAUAGAUAUCAUUUGUAGAACCGUUGUCAACAUUUUGUCCUUCACAAAUUUUUGACCAUUCAGAUUGAGGACGUCGUAGCUGUGUCAUCUCAGCAGGCGAAAAUUUGUCCAAUCAACUGUACUGAGGCUCAGA